AUGUCCUUUACGCAAACCCUCACCCAGGCGAGGAGCCACGCCGGCCACUCGCACGGCCACGGUCAUUCCCACGAUACGGCCUACCUGACAUCCAAGAACAAAAAUGACGCUGGCGUCAGAAUCACAAGGAUAGGCUUGUUUGUCAACCUGGCCAUGGCCAUUGGGAAGGGAAUAGGGGGCUAUGUCUUCCACUCCCAGGCACUGGUUGCAGACGGAUUCCAUGCUUUGACCGACUUGGUAUCCGACUUCAUGACAUUGGCUACUAUUUCUUGGUCACUCCGACCUGCGACAUCUCGCUUUCCAAGCGGCUACGGCAAGAUUGAGAGUUUGGGAGCUCUGGGAGUCAGUAGCCUGCUAUUAUUCGGUGGCAUGGGAAUCGGACUCAACGCCCUGGACGCUUUGUAUUCCCAGUUUUUUCUGGAUGCCGCUGCACAUGCUCACGAGCACGCCGAACACUCUCAUGGUCUGUUCUCGUUACUCGGGCACAGCCACAGCCACGGAGGUGUUCCCGAUCUGAAUGCUGCAUGGCUGGCUGGAGGCUCGAUCUUGGUGAAAGAGUGGCUAUACCGAGCUACUAUUAAAAUAGCCCGUGAACGCAAGUCUGCUGUUCUAGCUUCGAAUGCUGUGCAUCACCGGGUCGACUCCUUGACGAGCAUCGUCGCCCUUGCUACGAUCGGCGGAGCUCAUGUCUUCACAGACGCGUCAUGGUUGGAUCCGGUCGGAGGACUACUGAUCUCUGCCAUGGUCAUCCGAGCUGGCUGGGGCAAUACUAAAUCGGCCUUGCUCGAGCUGGCGGAUGUGACUGUGGACAACGAGGUGAAGUCUUCUGUCCGUCGCGCCGCCACAAUGGCCCUCAAAGGUGACGCAGCGAAGGGUAUCACGGCGCUCCCUUUUGGAGAUCAGGUUGAAAUCAGAGACGUUCAGGGCACCAAGUCCGGUCAAAAUUACCUCAUCGAUAUCGAGCUGGCCGUACCCCAAGGGUUCACUCUCCAGCAGAUGGAGGAUAUAGAGCAUGCGGUCCGCGAGAGGACAGGGUCAAAGGUUCGAGGUGUCCGACGAGUCCGGGUCAAGUUCGUACCCACUGAAGACACUCGGUCUACGCUCGCAGGUGACUUCAUUCCUGCAGACGUCAGUCCCCGGAGCAGUCCUGAGCCAGAGGACGAACACCAUCACGAUCACGACCACGGCCACGACCAUAACCACCACCAUGCCAACGGACACGCCCAUAACACGAGUAAGACAAAGAAGGACAUCUGA